AUGGAGUGUGCCUGGUGCAGUGUUGUGUUCGUGCUGGUGUCUGCAAGCUUCCUCUGGGCUCGUCUGGUCUCGUCUGGUCUCGUCUGGUCUCGUCUGGUCUCGUGUGGUCUCGUCUGGUCUCGUCUGGUCUCGUCUGGUCCCGUCUGGUCUCGUCUGAUCUCGUCUGGUCUCGUCUGGUCUCGUCUCGUCUCGUCUCGUCUCGGCUCGUCUCGUCUCGUCUCGUCUCGUCUCGUCUCGGCUCGUCUCGUCUCGUCUCGUCUCGUCUCCUCUCGUCUCGUCUCGGCUGGUGUCGUCUGGUCUCGUCUCGUCUCGUCUGGUCUCAUCUCGGCUCGUCUCGUCUGGUCUCGUCUCGUCUCGUCUCGUCUCGUCUCGUCUCGUCUCGUCCCGUCUCGUCUGGUCUCGUCUGGUCUCGUCUGGUCUCGUCUCGUCUCGUCUCGUCUCGUCUCGUCUCGUCUCGUCUCGUUUGGUCUCGUCUCGUCUCGUCUCGUCUCGUUUGGCCACAAGAACAUCUACCACUAG